AGAAGUGGUUUGGGGACCGAGCGGGACAGGGGCGUCCCACUGCCCGAUCCCACCCCGGCGCUUUGCAUAAAUAAAUAAAUCAUGCGGCAAGGGAGAGGUGGAGAGAGAGGGCGAGCAGAGGAGGUUACUUUGGGAAGCCGUGCAGCUCGCUCAUCCCAGCCCCGUAGUUCGGAGGGAGUGUGUCAUGUUACAGGGGAGCCGCGAUCAGCCAGAGCACAACGUCGCCGGAGCAGCUGAGAAUUACCUCUCUCUAAUGGGGACUUUCAUGUGCAAGCUCCUGGCCAGUCUGCGAAGGAACUGAAACUGACAGCUUAGAAAGAAUCAAAAACCUACCAGCGAACCAAAAGACUGAAAUACGGGAAGAAAAAAACCCAACCAAACAAAAAAACUUGAUCAGAUUAUUUUUCCCCCCCCUCGCACUCUUUGCUGCAGUUGGAUCCCUUUUUUCUGCACCCCUUUUAUGUGUGUGUGGUUUGUUUUUAUUUUUUAAAGACACCCUCCCCGUCCACUUUUGUCAUUAUUUGCUGUCACUUGUGAUUUGCUGGCGCUGGGAUCCCCUUCGACGUUCUUUUUCUAUGCCUUCUGGAUUGUGCUUCUUGAAGUAGGAGUGAAGCUUUAUUUAUUCUAUUUAUUUAUUUAUUGUUUCUCAGGACAGGGAGGGAAUGUUGGAGGAGAAGAGCUGGAAAGGCGUCGACGAAGCAGUUUUUGACAGGGGGUGUGUGGCUCCCCCCAGGAGCGGCGAUGGGGAGAGAUGCUGCCGCCUCCCUCUCCUGCUGGGCUCGGGGCUGCCCGGCGUCUCCCUGCUCUCUCUGGUGCUGAGCCUCCUGCUGUACUUUCGGACCUCCGAUCUGCAGUCCCGGGUGUCCCACUUGGAAGCGGACAGACCCACACAGCUCCCUGCCUGGCUCUCAGCAGACCAAAUGGAGACAGCUAUUUUGGGAAGAGUUGACCAACUGCUCAAUGAGAAAUUAAAGUUCCACUUGCCAAGACAUCGAGAAGUUCGAGACACACACCAGCGAUGCAACUGCCCGGCAGGUCCGCCUGGGGACAAAGGUGCGAUGGGAAUCCCUGGGCGGCCGGGACUAAAAGGGCAAUCCGGAGAGAAGGGUGCUCCAGGAGAAGCUGGCAUGUCUAUCAUCGGGCCCCGCGGUCCACCCGGACAGCCUGGAACAAGAGGUUUUCCUGGAUUCCCGGGCCCUAUUGGCUUGGAUGGCAAACCGGGCCAUCCUGGACAGAAGGGAGAGAUGGGUGCUGCAGGUCCCAGGGGACAACCUGGACCCCCAGGACAAAAAGGAGAGAAGGGUCAGUGUGCAGAGUACCCGCACAGGCUGUUGCCUCUCCUCAAUUCAGUGCGCCUGGCUCCACCUCCGGUCAUAAAGAGACGCACUUUCCAGGGUGAACAAGGACAAGCGGGGAUCCAAGGUCCGCCAGGGCCCCCUGGUCCGCCAGGGCCCGCUGGACCAGCCGGACCCGAAGGAAUCCCAGGACAUCCUGGGCCAAUCGGACCCCCUGGCAGAGCAGGAGAACCUGGAAAACCUGGCAGAGAUGGAAAGGGCUUACCUGGGCCUCCUGGACCAAAGGGAGACGCUGGGAUUCAGGGAUACCCUGGCAGAAAGGGUGAGGUGGGCGAGUCAGGCCUGCCCGGUGCCCGCGGCCUCCCUGGAGCCUCAGGCCCCAAGGGUGAAAAAGGGGAUGCUGGCAUAAAGGGUGCUCCUGGGAUGGCUGCCGCAGGGAUGAAGGGCGAGCCUGGGACUCCAGGAGAAAAGGGAGAUUCUGGAGUCCCAGGGAGGAUGGGCCCCCCAGGUUUGCCAGGGAAGAGGGGGCAGCGGGGUGAGAAGGGACGAGCUGGAGACCCUGGGCUUCCUGGACUUCCUGGCCCAAAGGGAGAGAAGGGAAUUGCUGAGAAUGCUUUGGUGGGAGCUAAAGGAGAACCUGGCCCUCCAGGUCUGCCUGGACCCCCUGGACCAAAGGGAGAAGCUGGUGAUGUUGGUCAGCCUGGUGCUGCAGGAUCACAGGGAGAAAAGGGGGAACGUGGCUCACCGGGAGACCAGGGACCCAUGGGCCCAAGGGGCCCCAAAGGAGAGCCUGGGAAGGAUGAAAUGAUGGACUAUGAUGGGAACAUCAGUGAAGCUCUCCAGGAAAUAAGAACUUUGGCCUUGAUGGGACCCCCAGGACGUCCAGGUGUGGCUGGACCUCCAGGGCCACCAGGACAGAAGGGUGAGAUUGGCUUGCCAGGUCCUCCAGGCCACGAUGGAGAAAAGGGACCACGUGGCAAGCCUGGAGAAAUGGGUCCCCCUGGCCCUCAUGGGCUGCCAGGAAAGGAUGGACCUCCUGGAAUAAAGGGAGAGCCAGGCAACAUCGGGGUCAGAGGAGAAAAGGGCGAUAAGGGAGAGCCAGGACAAGCAGGCUCACCGGGUCUAGAUGGCCCCACUGGAGAGAAGGGCGAACGAGGUGACCAAGGGAUACCAGGACCAUCAGGAUUGCCAGGGCCCAUUGGACUUCCAGGACUGACAGGAGAGAAGGGUGAGCCUGGGGAGCGUGGAGACAAAGGAGAUCCAGGAGAAUCGAUAUCUGGGCCCCCUGGACCCCAAGGCCCUCCAGGACCUCCGGGUCUUCAGGGCAUUCCCGGACCCAAGGGGGAAGCAGGGAUUGAUGGAGUGAAAGGAGAGAAGGGUGCCCAGGGUGAAAAAGGAGACAGAGGGCCACUGGGAUUACCCGGUGCUUCAGGUUUAGACGGCAGGCCUGGACCACCGGGUAUUCCAGGACCAGUUGGGGUUUCGGGACCAGCAGGACCAAAAGGAGAAAGGGGCAGUAAAGGAGAUCCUGGAGUUGCAGGACCAAUGGGGCCAGCAGGGCUUCCUGGUUUACAAGGUCUACCUGGUGACAAGGGAGUCCGGGGGGAGAGGGGCAAGAAAGGCUCUAGAGGGUCUAAAGGGGAUAAGGGAGACCAAGGAGCACCUGGAUUAGAUGCACCCUGUCCGUUGGGGGAAGAUGGCCUUCCAGUUCAAGGCUGCUGGAAUAAGUGAUGAUUCUAACCCUGGACUGACCUGUGUGUGUUACUGUACAUAGAAUAUUUAUUUUUAUACGGUGUUCUUCUCUGAAAUGCCAAAAGUUAAGCAUUUUUACAAAUUAUCAAAAAGUGGCAUAUUUUUUUUGUACAGAAAAUACUAGAUCUCCCUUUUCCCCCAUUUGUCAGUUCUCUGUAUGAUUCUAUGUCUGCAUUAUGCUUAUUUUGUCAUGGAGUACAGCUGUAAUAUUUACAUGGUAUUUGUGCACACAUGAUGAAUAUAGGAGCUUAAUAAAUUAUUGCAUUAAAAGUGCCCAAAGGAACUGCCCUGUAUAGAUUUAAAGGUCAUUUUCAUUUUUCAAGCUGGAUCAUUCAAGAAUAUUUCAAAAUAUUAUGUAUUUUUUAUUAAAGUGAAAUAUUAACACUUCUGUUGUGAUGAAUUAAAGUGUUGCUGAAAAACCUCGUAGUAGUCCCCAUGCACUGGGAAUGUAGAGACACCGUAAUCUAUAAUUAUCCCUCCAUGAACUGGAAUAACCCUCAUGAAAAUGAGCCCUGGUUAGCAAGAAAUUCUAAUCCCUUUCUAAAUUGCAGGCCUUCAAGCAGCUUAAUUAAAGCCUAAUUUAAAAUUAAGCAUAACGCAGCAUACCUUGAUACCCUAACAAAUGUGUGUUUGUGAAAUCAACCCACGUGGCUUUUAAAAAUGUUUACCGAAGGUGGCAUGCGAAUUUGCAGAGUGUAUAAUUAUAAUUUGCAUAUGCACAUCUUAAUUAUCCUUCCUGACCUACCUUUGUCGAUGUCUCAAGUCUAAACUACCCAGAGAGGAAAACACUACCAGGCUAAAGUGAACAUAACAGCGUGCUUUGCUUAGAAAAUGAGGGGGAAAGUGGAAGGCUAAAUCUAUUCUCUAAGAGAUGUCCACUUGUCUUGGCUCUUCACAUAGUGGGCAAAGGCAGUGGGCAAAGCAGGAGCCUCAGGGGGAAGCUGCCAGUAUUUAAUGGUCCCAAAGGAGAAACAGGAGUGCUGAUUUAUUAGUGAGACUGAUCCACUGAAGUCCUGCUCUUUGCCACCACAACAGGAAUUUGGCUCCUCCUGGCUACAGCUGUGCCAGUGGAAGGGGUCACCACCGUGAUUCUCCCUGUACUCAACUAUUCAUCUGUUCACAGCCUAUUAAUUGGUUAUUUUUCCAGAUGAUUCCAUGCAGCUUCUUAGCACUAUCAUCAUAAAGUGACAGAGAAGGGACGUAGUUCCCUCCUACACAGUCCUGCUGGGGACUGCCCAAGGAACCCAGCCCAGGCUCUGACUGCUGCAAUCCAUCUGUCACCUCACACUUUCAGAAAUUUAUUGAAUUUCAUCUAAAACCAGUGAGGUUUCCACUGUCCUGUCCCUCCCUGCCCUGCAGGCUGUUCCGACUCCAGUGCUCUCACAGUUAGGAAACUCCUUGUGACUCUUUCAACCUAAACUAAUUGGUGGUAUUUACAACCAUUUGUUCUCAUGCCAACAUUGUCCUUGGGAUGAAACAUUUUUACGUGUGAUGUUUUCAUGAGAUGCUCGGCGUACUGGAGCGGAAACGGCACAGAAAGAAAAUGAACCACAGAGCACUAAGGGAUUCUCGCUGGUUUUCUCAGUAAUAGAUGUUGUUAAUAAAAGCCUCAGCUCCCUGUUAAAAGGCUUUGCAGCUGUGAAGCUGAGCUAAUUGGAACAGCUAAUGUUCCAAUUGUGUUUCAAUUGCACACCUGUUAAAGCAGUUACUUUAAGUUACCAAAGCUAGGUGUACUCCUGCUUUGUGUUUGGAAGGUUGUAGUAGCAGUAAUAUCUUCUGCUCUGAUCUCGAAGCAUUCAGCUUCAAGGUAGGAUGUCUGAAUGCUUCAGUCCCUUCUAAGAAUCCUGGCUAUUCUUAAAUGCUUAAAAUCACAGAGAUCCCAUGGAGAACCUGCCAAUGCUUACUGUUCCCUUUGGUCUGUGUAGCAUGGUUUUUAUGAUUGCUCCACAUGGGAUUGUUGUUGGUUGUUUUUAUCUGAUCCAAGAGCAAAGCAAGUGCACCUCUGUUACCCCGUCCUGACACAGCUCCUGAAAGGUUAAGGACUCUCAAGGUGAUGCUGUACCUGUUUUGUUUCUUGGGCUGUUUUCUGAUUGCUGUAUUUGUCAGAAAGCUCUUGCCUGAGGUGUACGGGACCCUGAAGUGAAAUUGCCAGAACUCUUGAAAAUACCUGACUUGGGUCAGCAAAGACUUAACUGCUACUGGGAAAACGUGUAGGGUCCCCACUCAUUUAAAGGUUGGGAAAAUGGUGACAAAUGUUCCCUGUGGCUGUGGCAGAUUAUAGCCAGGCAUUGGAAUUGAAGUACCAGAUAACCAUUUUGGAUUGCUGUUCUACAGCCCCAAUACUGAUACAAUCUCAUCAGCUGCUGGGGAUAGACAAGAGGGCUCAAAUCAGUGAUACCACACUGAGCUGCUGCUCUUCCCAAACCUAAAGCAUGUCAGAAGAAACCCAAGCGGGGCAGCUGGGUUUGUACCACCCUGAGUGUGGCAAUUUAAGUUUCAGGCUCUGUCCCUACUAAAACCUGUAACCAGGCUGCUGUUGCUGUGGAUUCCUGUCAGUUCUGCCUGUCUGUUUUCAUGUGAAACCUUUUGUCUGCCAUUUCAAGGGUCAAACUCCUUGGCUGAUAGCCAGAAAGUGAGUCUGAGGGUGGAGAAGCUUGGGAAAUGGCAGCAGAGUGAAAGGAGAAGGAAGACCUUCCUGAAGAUUUGCUGGAGAUGUUUUGCAAGUUCCCUCCCUGGAGCUUGGCAAGAGUUCCUCAGCAGUGCACCAGGAACUUGUGCCCAGAUGCUGGGGCUGUGGGAGCUCGGCGUGCCAGCGCUUUCUGCUUUGCUUUCUGUUUUCUCCCAGAGGCCAGUGGCAGGGGUUGAGAAUGGCACCAUUUGUAUUCUUUUUCUUCGGUCAUUUAAAUUUCAUUCUACUAUUGUGGUCAGACUCUUCGGAUGAAGAAUUAAGCUCAUUUUCCAGCAGCAGCUACAUAAAUGAGUGCAAGACACAGACAAUAUUUCUGGGAGGGGAUCCUUUGAUCCAAGAAAGAAACCCUUCUUGAACAUUUCUCUUUAGAAAAGCAGAGAAACCCCCGUGUUCAGUUCAGGGUGCUGCUCAGAGAGGAUGUGAUAACACUUUUUUGCUACCAUUUCUGGUUACCAGGUGACAAACUUCCACCUGUAUCAUUGAUGAUUCCAUCUUGAACCUUUUCAUCACAAACUUUCUUCUCCCGUUUAAUUAUAAGAAAAUGACAUUGGUUUGUUUGGGGUUUUUUUAAACCAUACUGGAUUCUGAAGGCAUGAAAUAUGUUGUCAGAAGAGGAAAAUGUGGAGUGUGGAAAAAGUCUGGUUUCACUGACUAAGUUCCUUUGCUUCCUUGUGCUUUGGUCUCCACUGCACCCUCCAGAUGUACUUUGUCUGGAGCCCUCCAGAAAUGGUUUCUGCUGGCCCAUUAAGAUCCUUUUGUGGGUACAUCUCCACAGAUGCACAUCCAGGUAGAAAAGAAGGAUCACAAAGGUUCAAUUCCACCGUUACAUGUUUUCAUAUGUUCGCUAAAGGGAAAUAAAGAUUUGGCAAAGUGCUGAGGGCUUCAGAGGACGUUUCCCAGCUGCCUGAAGGGCAGAAUAUACAAUCCUGGAUACUUUCUGCCAGCUGCCAUGCAAACCUGGCAUCCUUUACUCAGCCCCCACUGCUGAAGGUUAACAUGGAAGCUCAGGUGUCUUCCAGCUCUUGCAAUUUAUUUAAAAAAAACAACCCAACUUAAAAUAAGUACCUAUCUUUUGAACCUGACAAAACAUCUCAACUUCCCUGCGUGCAUUGGGAAUCCCAUUUGCCCAAGUAGUAAACCACAUAUUUAAUUUUAAGGGAGUGACUCCCGCUGGCCUAAAUGAUGCCAUUUGCAUAUUGAAACGCUUGGGUGAGGCAGGGCCAUUGCUAUUAGAGCUAAUGAAUGAUAUUAUCUCAAUCAUUAGACAGAUCCAAGCCCUAAGCAAUUCGCAUUACAAUGGGGAGAAAGUGCUGAUUUCAAGCUCAAAGGGAUGCCAUUAACCCAGGGCAAUCCCAGAUUCAAACACUCUUUGUCAGCACAGGUGGAAUCAUUCUGAUGUUCUGAUAAGGACACCCGUACCUGACACCCAUCUCCUCUCUCCAAAGCACAGGAAGCCUACUGUUAAAAUAAGUCCAGGUUUGCAAAGAUUCUCUUUGCAAACUCCUACUACUCCUACUUUCAGAUUCUUAUGAAGAACUGCAGAUUUUUUUCUUGAGGUUUCUAACAGAUGUGUUCAGGAAAUAGAGUAGCAGAGGGAGGAAUUGUUUCACUUGGGAACCAGGUGGAAAGAUUAAUUUAUUUGUAUUUUUUUUUUUAAAUUUUUACUUUUUUGGGGUGGGCAGAGGGAGAACCUGACCAGAACUGCAGGCGGUAGGUGUGCAUUUUUCCUUCUUUUUUAAUGAAAACCAUUAUAUAUAUAGUUUGAUAAUGUUACUUUUACUUUUUGUUAAUGAUUUUUGGGGGGCAAUUUGUUUGCUCUAUUCUGUUGUGUUUUCUUUUAGGUAUAUUUUUAAUGGGCUUUUGGAAUUUGUGCGUGAAAGUUCCUCACCCAAAAUGUCCUAAGGACAUUCCUGUUGUGUUUUUUUCUCCCCAAGUUCAGUAGUGAAAAGGUGCUUUCUGUCGGCAAACCUGUUUUUAGUGGGGAUAAACAUAUCCCCAAAGGCCACACCUAGGGACCAGGCGCCAGUGACCUCUCCCAGACAAAAAACGCUCCCUCCACAACUCUUCAUUUACAUUUACAAAGUGCGAAAGGGCUACGUUAGGGACCAGCCGACUGGAAAUGGUCUCUUCCCACCUCAGGUGGUCUGUUUGAAAGCCGUGAAGUCUGGCAAGAGUCGCUGUGUCCUCUUCAGCAGCGUUCUACAGCCUGAAAUCACAGGCUUGGCUAGAAAGAGCUGAAAAAUUAAUUUAGAAAGACGUUUAUUUGAAGAUGGCAAGUUCUUGCAGGGUACCUGCUCAAGUAUUACUGUCUGUUGCUAUUGUUUUCCCUCCUCUGGAUCCAGCAGCACACUCGGGUUCAAGCUUGGCUUUAGGCUGUGCUUCACCCUGAGCCUAUGUGCAAAUGCUUUGCUGGAUGAAGGUCUCCCCUUCUUUUACACUUCGGUUUUUUUUCUUCCCUUCCCCUCUUUUUGUCCCUAUUUCCUCCAGACGUCUUUGAUCCAGACAAAAUAAUUGCUUUCUUCUCUGCAUUUUCAGAAAAUCUCUGUUGGUUACUUUUUGAUCAUUUUCCACUCACUGUUAAUAUCUACCCUUCCUUCCAUCCUUCCCUCCCUCCUUGUAGGCCUGCUUUGGUAAACAUUUUGGUCUGACGACAUCGGACAUGAAUUAAGAUUGUAGAUGUUUGUGAUUUAUUUUAGAGUUGACUGUAAAGCUUUUACUGUUUAAAAGGCAGCAAGGGCAGUGUAGUUUUGUAGCUUUCUUACGAUUUUGCUUGUUCUUUUUUUAAACUGAGUUAGAAUAUUGCAAUUUCUUUUUUCAAGAAAAUCCUGCUAAGCUUUUGUUUUUUCCUGCUAAACAUGAGUUUGUUAAACUGCUGUUUCAAAUCUCAAUAAGUUAGAUAUUAAUGGCAGGUACGAGAGGACUGAAUGUGGAGCUUGUGGAGUGCAACUUACACUAUUGCUUUCCGUGGUAUGCUGUUUGUCAGUCUCUUGUCUCUGGUGGGGGUUUGCUGGGAGUGUGAAAUUCCAUUUUGUGAUAAUUCCAUUGUUUUUUUCAGUCAGGUUUCAAAAUGUUGCUUCAGUAAAUCGUUCCUUUUGCUGUCCUGCAAAGAUUUGCUUUUACCCUGAUGUUGCCCCCUACCAGCAGUGCCACAGACCGAGCGGUUUCACCCUUUUUUUGAGCCUUCCACAGGAAGAAUGUUAGCUCCUUAAAUUCCACAGCCUUUUCUGGGUGAUGUCAGUGAACAGGAGAGGGAGGCAGCAGGACUGUGCAGGCCACCAUAAACAGACUCUUCUCUGAGUCUGGUCCCCCAGCAUUCAUUCAUGACCUGCCCCAUUCCCACUCCCUUUGCUCUAUUAUUCCUUGUUCUCAUGUUACAUUUAAAGAAGGGCAAACUGAGGCAGAGCAUUCGUUGUGUUCACCCCCACCCUAAAAGGGCUGAGAUUAUCCCCCUGAUGCAGGAGGAACAGCCUGACCCCACACCAUUCUCGUGGCUUUAGGGAUGCAGAAUGAUCUCCAUCCAGAUGCUGAGCAGGCAGCAAUGGGCACACUUCCAUCCCCAGUGGGUGCAGUGAGUGGCUGUGGGGAGGGGUUUCUCUCCAUGCUCCGGCUUGGAGGUGUGUGGGCUGUCCCUUAUCCAGCUGGCUUAGCUCCUCCAAAAAGUCACAUUGAUCCCCUCUCGGCCUUCAGAGUCCUCAGAGCAACAGGAAACACGUUGGAUGGCCUUUCUCACACCUGGAACGCUCCUGUCAUUGGCACUGCUCCAGUUUCUCAUCUUUGUGUCACUUGGACACCAAAUUCUUUGGUACUGGGACACCUUCUAUCCAAGAUCUGCUCAUCAGCCAACACCAGACAAGCACUAAUGACCUGCAGGAGAAUGAUUUCUGAAGCAACUCUGUGUCCUUACAUAUCUGGUUUCCUUGUAUUUUACAAGAGAAGUUUUUUUUUUCCCUUUGAUGGCAUUGGAUGUAGAAUAUUUAUUGUAGCUGUAGUAAAGUGAUGAAUUGUGAGUAGACCUUGACAGGGCAUUGUUUCUAUGUUUCUCUUAUAGACACUGAUCAAUUGAUUGAGAUGUUUAAAUCUGAAUACAUUUUUUACAUUUUUUUUUCUCUUCACAUUGAGCUUUUCAGCCUGUAUAUUGAAUAUCCAAUGUUAUUUGGCAUUGAUUCAUGUAUGUGCUGUGUAUACUUUUGUGUUACCAGUAAUUUUUACUGUCAUUGUGCUGUUUCUAAGACAUUAUUUCAACUCCUUUUGACAUACUUUAGCUACUUGGAAUUUUUUGGACUUUGACAAAAUUCCUCACUAAAUAAUUGCUAGAAUGAAGAGAACAAAGGGCUGCUCUUUCCCACAGGCUUUUCAACCUCAGUAGGAGCUUCUUCAGCCAAAAUGAGCAUUUGACUUCUGUUUUUUGCUUUUUUCUUGAUAAUACAAUAGUGCUGAUUUGUUUGGUUUUUAAUCUUGGGAAUUCUGAAUUCCAUGUUGACCAUUCCUAGCAUUAUUUUACAAAAGCAGAGACAUCUGUGCCAUAAGGAGUGAUGCUGAUCAUAACAGAACUAAAAUAUUGUAAUUAUUUGGUGUUUCUUUAUAAAUAUUUUUUUUCACUAUUAAGUUUUUAAGCAAAUCUUUUCUCAGUGUGAUAUAAGGUUAAAAAGACACUAAAGGACUAAAUACUCAACAUGUACAAGGAAAGGGAUCCAGGUAAAUUAUUUCCAUCUGUAUGACUGAAAAGUAGCUUAGGAAUGUUUAUGUCAGAACAAAAGCUGAGUUUAAGUUACACAUUUCCUGAGUCCAUUAAUUAAUCCAGUGACUUCAAUGAAACCAUCACUGUCCUGGAAACCAGAGAUACACUUAAAGAACCCCCUGAAUCCACUCCUCAGUAGUAAAUAAAGUUGAGUUUUGUAGAAGUAAAGUGUUGCUUAAAUACAGCACCUUCAAAGCAUUUCUGUCUUCUUGUAAAAAUAGGAAUUUUAUGUUUAAUCACCAAGUACCCAUUUAUCAGAUAAAGAAGCCAGUGCCGAUAUUAUCAGAGCUGCUGGUUUAUAUUGUGAUAAAAACUGCUAUGCAGAGCUGUAUAUUAUAAUUUUAAAUGCCUUACCUUAGUAAGGUCUUGACAUUAAUUAUCUACAUUAAGAGAACAAAUAUUUGAGAAUUUAGGAGGAAGUUUAUUUGGGGAAUGGGUUUUGGAUAACUAAAAGUGGGCUAAAAAAACAGGCAGGAGGUUACGAAAAAUAUCUCUGGCUGGGAGGAUGGUUGUAAUGGUAAACAUGACAUUAUAUUUAAAGUGUCAUCCCAGUAUUUUCCAAGAGGAGUCUGAUGAAUUCCUUGUGCCUUGUGUUGAAGCUUUACUCCUUUGUGUCAAUGUUUUAGUGAGAUUUCUACUUUAAUUUAUAAAUUAAAUACAUACAUAGAUACCUAUUCCAGUACAGUCUGCUUUUGUUCCCUACGAUGUACAUACUUUCUUCUCCUUUUAUAAAAGUGCCUGUUUACCUACA